CUUCGCGCGCCCAGUCAGAGACAGGUGUGCUCCCUCUCGAUGACAGGUGGGUCCCACCCGUCAUCCCUAACCUCCAGCCAUCCUCUCUCUCUCCGGCCGAAUUCCUACCGACGGCAACCUCAGAUUCGCCUCCUCCACUCGCCGUUUCAUCAAAUUAAUUGAGGGGAAUUAAUUUCCACCUCAUCCUGUCCAAUUCCCCCAUAAUUUCACACUCGAUCCCGCAUUAUUUGCGGUGGAUUUUGAUGGUGUUCAUCAAUGGUGAGCUCCACCAUGGCCGGCGUCGAUCUCCCUCCCCGGCACCCUUAUCCCUCCCCUCUGGCCUAUAAAAGGGACCCUCGACUCCCUCCUCCCUCCCCACACACCGCCGCUCUGUCCCUCCUCUCUUCGCGGCCGCCGCGCCGCUCUCUUCUUGUGCCGCCGCCGUCACAGCUCCGGUCGCCCCUCGCCGGUGGUCCGGACCUCGUCGGAGCCCGGCGUCGCCACCAUCCGCUUCUUCGCUUCCUCCUCUUCCCCGUCCACCCCUCCGUCGAGCACGAGGACCGCGGGAACGACGACGACGCCGACAACCCGAAGUUCCUCGUCGUUUCUCCCUCGCCGCCAGCAACACCGUCGACCUCUCGCCGCCGUGUCUGCUCGAUCCCGCUGUUCCGGAAGAUCAGCUCUUCAUCGCCGUUGACGCCGAAGACUUUGUGAGCGAAGGCAAGUCAUAUCUACCUUGAACAUGUUGAAUCCCAUAUUGUGAAAAUUAUGUGGUUUUACUUAUAUUGCAUUGCUUUAUAGAUUAUACCGUUCAUUAUUAAUAUUGUUUUAUUAGUUAUUCCUAUGCUCUUUGUUAUGGCCAUGAUGUUGAUUUGAUAUCCAUGAUCAUUGUGAACCCUAGUAAAAUUAUAACUUGACUAGUCUAGUAUCCUACAUGAUGGACUAACUAGUUGUUUUAGGUAAAUGCUUAGUCAUGCUUAGUUCCAACCUACUCCCUCCGUUUCACAAUGUAUGUCUUUCUAGCA